AUCGCAAUAUUUAUAGAAAAUGUGCGCAUGCGUUACAUUUUUGCUGUCGAAGUUUUGAGAUGUAGACUUGGAAAUGAAGACUGACUCUGUUGAUCAAAUCUAUAUAUAGAAGUUAAAAAGAAAGAAGUCAUCAUGUCGAAGAAGCUUGUAAUUCCAAACAAAGCAGAAAGUGUUAAGGUGGUGGUAAGAUGUCGUCCUAUGAAUGAAAAGGAGAUAAAAGAUGGACAUGAAAGAACUGUUGAUAUGACAGUGAAGAAAGGUCUGAUAGAGGUUAGGAAUCCUAAAGGACUAUCGGCAGAGGCUCCCAAAUCUUUUACAUUUGAUUCUGUUUAUGACUGGAAUUCAAUACAGUUAGAGUUAUACGAUGAAACAUUUCGUGACUUGGUUCAAUCAGUUAUAGAAGGAUUUAAUGGUACUAUUUUUGCUUAUGGACAAACUGGAACUGGCAAAACACAUACAAUGCAGGGUAUUAAAAAUGAUCCAGAACAAAGAGGAGUUAUCCCCAACUCUUUUGAACAUAUAUUUCAGCAUAUUUCACGUUCAGAAAACCAGCAGUAUUUGAUACGAGCUUCAUAUUUGGAAAUAUACAUGGAAGAAAUAAGAGAUUUGUUAUCCAAGGAUCACACAAAGAGACUUGAAUUGAAAGAGAGGCCUGACACUGGUGUUUAUGUAAAAGACCUUUCAUCUUUUGUCACAAAGAGUAUUAAAGAAAUAGAACAUGUAAUGAAUGUUGGGAAUGCCAACAGAGUUGUUGGAGCUACAGAUAUGAAUGCCCACAGUUCCAGAUCACAUGCAAUAUUCAUCAUUACCAUAGAGUGCAGUGCUAUGGCAGAAGACGGUGAAAACCAUAUUAGAGUAGGAAGACUUAACUUAGUGGACUUGGCAGGCAGUGAAAGACAGAGUAAAACACAAAGUCAGGGUGACAGAUUCAAGGAAGCAACUAAGAUAAAUCUGUCUUUAUCUGCCUUGUGCAAUGUAAUCUCAGCUUUAGUUGAUGGCCACAGUACUCAUGUUCCUUACAGAGACUCUAAACUCACAAGAUUAUUACAAGAUUCUUUAGGAGGAAAUGCCAAGACAGUGAUGGUUGCAAAUAUUGGUCCUGCCAGUUAUAAUUAUGAUGAAACACUUAGUACACUCAGGUAUGCUAACCGUGCUAAGAACAUCAAGAACAAACCAAAGAUAAAUGAAGAUCCUAAAGAUGCCUUGUUAAGAGAAUUCCAGGAAGAAAUUGCAAGGUUGAAGGCACAUUUAGAUGCUAAAGGAGGACCAAGAAAGAAGAAGAAGAAGAGGGUGAGAAGAAAUGAGGAUGGUGACAUAGUUAGUGAAUCUGAAGGUUCAGAAGAAGACGAUGAUGAGGAUGAGGAUGGUGAAGGGGAAGGAAAUGAAAAAGAUGCUGAAGCCUACAUGAGUGAACAGAAAGCCAAGUUGGAGCAAGAAAAACAGUCUAUACUCAACAACCAGACAAUGGUGAUCGAGGAAAAAGAAAAAUUGCUACAGGAAAUGAAAGACAGAGAAGAAAAAUUGCAACGAGAAAAAGAAGCUAAAGAGGCAUUGUCUUCAAAAAUAAAAGCUAUGGAGAGUAAAUUGCUGAUGGGUGGUAGAAAUAUUGUGGAUCACACUAAUGAGCAGCAAAGGGCACUAGAGCAAAGACGGCAGGAGAUUUCAGAUCAGAAAAAGAAGGAAAGAGAAAUGCAACAAAAAUUAGAUGAAAAAGAAGGAUCUACUGUCGAGAUGCAAGAAACCUAUCAAUCAUUACAGCAAGAAAUAGAAGUCAAAACCAAGAAACUUAAAAAAUUGUUUGCAAAGCUGCAGGGAACAAAACAGGAGAUACUAGAUCUCCAAGAAGAACAUUCCAAAGAAAGACAGGAAUUAGAACAAACUCAAGAAGAGUUAACUAGGGACCUCAAAUUAAAACUGCUUAUUAUAGAGAACUUCAUUCCAGCAGAGGAAAAACAAAAACUGAAUAACAGGGCAUUCUUUGAUGAAGAUGAAGAAACAUGGAAGCUUCGGCCACUUGCUCAGAAAAAUACGAUUACAAUGGCAAAGAGACCACAGUCAGCAUUAGGUAACAGACGACCGGUUUCAGAUUAUGCUAAAGUUGCAUCUGCUAUGGGAGGUAACCCACGUUUUAAGGGGGAAAAUAUAAUGAUGGUGGAAUUAGACAUGCCUAACAGAACUACGCGUGAUUAUGACCUGCCACAGGUGGCACCACGUAUUCAGGCUGCACUAGACGCAGCACUACAGGAUGAAGAGGAUAUAGAUAUUGAAGGAGGAACUCCAAAUGUAUUUAGUAUGAAACAAAAGCCUCGUAAAAGCAGCAGCAGACCAAAAUCAUCAAAGAAGAAUGAACAGUCACAGAAAUUUCCACAGUCACGAGGUCUGGUCCCAAAAUGACCUUGAGGAACAUUUCCCUUUGACCUCUAUUUACAGCUGAUACCAUGUCUUUCUGCACAAAGAUCUUCAUGCAAACUUUUUCCAUUUUGAUUUCACAUUGUUCAUUAAUGAAAUGUUUGAAGUUUAAGUAUGUAAUAUAUAAGAUGUAGAAAUUCUGUAGAUUUUAUUUGUUAUGCUGUAACUUUUGUCUUGUAACCACUAAAAUGUUUCAAAUACAUAAAAUAAAGUAUCAUAAUUUACUACUCAGUCGUCAGGGGCAACCUUGGUAAAGUAGGGUGGAUUCAUAUAAUGUUGUGGGUACUUCUGGAUCUAUGAAAACUAUUUCUUAAAUCUGCAUACAUGCCUAUAUAAAUAUUUUCCUAGGUUAAACAUGUUUUGUGGUUCUGUACCGAAGAAACCCAUGAAUAUUGGUAUCCAACAAACAAUAAAUAUUCUACAAGAAAUAAAACUCUUAACGUUUAACUAAAGGAUAAGUCUGUUUAAGGAUUUGUUUGUACUGAAUAUUGUAAAUAUUGUUUUUGUUGUGAAAUUGUAUGUUUUUUCGUGAGAUUCAGGCGCUCAGGAACAUUUCUGGGUUAAUUUUCAUUUCAUGAAAGUGAUGAACAAAAGUCUGUUGAUGAAGAUAUAUUGUUCCUAACAGUGAGUUAUGUGCAUAAAUACCAUAUUUCUAUCUGUGAUAUUUAAUGUUGUGUAUAUAUGUGGAUUUAGGAGAAGAGUGUUAUUGAUAUUUGCACUGUAUACAAUAAGACCAGUAAAGUGCGGAUCAUUUUCAUGCAUAUAAACAUAGUGCUAGAAAAUGACAUUCAGUUGUGACACAGCUGAUGCCUUUAAGUCAUUAAAACAAGUAAAAUGAUGUAAGUUUUGUUUACAGUAGCCAUAAAAUUAAAGCAACGAAAGUUUCAACCACUACUCACUAUAUUUGUAUUUAUGAUGGCAUAAAGUAUAACAGCUGCCUUGUAUUUUUCAAAACUUAUAUUACAUUUAUGUUUUGGAACAAUUAAUACAUUAAUUUAUGAGAAGGUUGUAUUGCAUGAAAUGCUUUUAAUAUAUUUCUAUCACAAAAAAGUUAACAUUCAAUGUCUAUGUAUUAUUUAUGAGUGAGGUUACAUUCACUUUGUAUAAUUAAGUUUAUGAACAUUUUUUAUUCUUAAUUCUUUUAUUAGACUUUUGAAUGUAGUGUUGAAUGCUAUUGAUCAGUUUUCAUUUCAAAUAUUUAAACAAUUAAACUAGUGUACACAAAACUGUUUUACACUACUAGUGUAAAAAUGGCAGUAGUUGCAAUAAUUUUAAUUAAAUUUAUUCAUAUAAAUUUUUGAGUACCAAAUUCUUACAGAAAAAUUGUACCUUAGUCACUAUUUUCACACAAACUACUAUAGGGAAACACUGUUAUGAACAUUUAUGUAUGUGUCAUUUAUUAGCAGUAUUUAUUUUAUCUUAAUUUCCGUCCAUAUUUAUUUUUAUUGAUUGUAUAUGUCAUUUAUACAAACUAAAUGGUUGUUUCUUUCCAUGAUCUAUUUUAUAUUUAUUAUGUGAUAAUUAUCUUAAUAAAUUAUUUCAUGCUGAUA